UUUCCUACAAGUACAAAUAACACUGAAAUACAUAUAUUUUCCCUACUGUCUGUUGUUCAUCUGUCAACCGAGACAGCAUUGUUGAUAUUAUUGAUUUUUUUAAUUUGGAAUAAUCAUCACAAUUCAUUUCACAUCAUUCUCAAAACAAUUAAAACAAUAAAUAAAAAUUUAUUAGUAAAAUGGCUAUCAAAUCAAACCAUCCACAGAUAAUUUUAUACUGGAUUGAAUUAAUCAUCGGUAUCAUCUGUAUUGCUUUAGCUGGAAGAGGUUACAAUGAAGUUGGAUUCCAGUAUUUAAUAACAAUUGGUGCAGUCUCUGCUAUCAUUAAUAUCAUUUUCCUUUUAAUGUAUGGAUUUGCUACAACAAGGCCAACACCAGGACGUUCAAUUGUAAAGUUAAUUGAAACGGUAUAUCAGUGUAUUCUAACUCUACUUUAUUGUAUUGCUAUUGGUGUCACUUUCAAUCACUUGGAAUAUUUACAAUAUUUCAUUGGACCAAUCACUAUAUUUACAUCGGCUAAUUUUGGUGUUUACAUAUUUGGCAGUAUGGUCGCCUUAACUGAAUUGGUUUGUCGACAUCCAGAGGUGAAUAACACUAGUCAAGAGAAUACAUCAACUACAAAUCCCCCGGCAUCAAAUAAUCAAGUCAAGUAAAGCAAUAACAAACAGGGAAAAAAGGCACAGCAUACUCCCAUAGUGUAUAUAAUUACCAAAAAUAAAUAUUAAAAAAAGUAUUGAAAUCCUCCUUUAUCAUCACAAAAACCACUACGCACAGUAUACAUUCUUCUUGUGAUCUUCUUAUGAUAUAUGAUAACAAAAUAUUCAAUUUUUAUGAGAGAAAGAAAAUCAACCAAUCAGAAAGCACGGCAAUUGACCUUGAACAUACGCGGAAGUCUUAAAAAUGGAAGAUCUGUUGAAUUGUAGGAUUUAAAAAAUUUAACUAAUAACGCCUUUCACUAUAGAAUGUUGUUGUUUAGUAAAGGCGGGUUUUUAUUUAAUUAUUAUUUAUUCUCUUUCGUUUUAUUUUAUUUAGUUAUUUUAUCAAUUAAUUAAUGAAUUGGGUGAUUGUUUAAUUUGUGAUUUUUUAGUGAGUGGUAUAAUAAUCUGUUAAUAGAUUUAUAUAUAUAUAUGAAUUCGUGGAAUAAAUUCUUG